AAAUGAAAUGUGUCUGUGUCCUUUAUGUGUCUGUAACCUAAGUGCGUAUUAAUAAUUAGAUACUGGCAUAUCUCUGUCUGCUUCACUCAACGCACAGCUAGCAACAGUCGCACUAGCUAGCUGAAGUUAGCUAUUUACAGUGAACACCGUAUGUUUUUCAUUCAUGGUGUUUUACUGUGGACAGAUCCUAAACAUUUUCCUGCCAAGCUAUUCAACUUAGCUGUUUUUUAUUUUACCUAUUGGCAUCAAGAGCAUAGCUAAUAAAGAACGACAACUUGCGGUGUUCAGUGAAUUCCAUUAUGGCAUGGUUGCUGUAGCUAAACUAAUCUCGGCUAACUUGCUCAACCACCUGACUGAUACUGACAAAGUUAUUUGUGGUUUCUUCUCCAGUCUCUUCUCAGGCCUUUUUGGCACCAGGGAGAUGAGGAUUUUGAUCCUUGGUUUGGACGGUGCAGGAAAAACAACCAUUCUGUACCGGUUACAGGUUGGAGAGGUGGUCACCACAAUCCCCACAAUCGGCUUCAACGUUGAGACAGUCACAUACAAGAAUCUGAAGUUCCAGGUGUGGGAUCUGGGGGGGCAGACAAGUAUCAGGCCCUACUGGCGGUGUUAUUACUCAAACACAGAUGCAGUCAUCUAUGUCGUUGACAGUAACGACCGCGACAGGAUGGGCAUCUCCAAGUCUGAGCUUGUGGCCAUGUUGGAGGAGGAGGAGCUGAAGAAAGCCAUCCUGGUGGUAUUUGCAAACAAACAGGACAUGGAUCAGGCAAUGACGCCUACUGAAGUGGCGAACUCUCUGGGCCUUCCUGCCCUCAAAGACAGAAAAUGGCAGAUCUUCAAGACCUCGGCCACAAAGGGCACAGGCCUGGACGAGGCAAUGGAAUGGUUGGUGGAUUCCCUGAAGAGUCGGCAGUAAAGGCUCCCCUGACC